UAAUUUCCCACCCAAAAUAAAAUGAAAAAUUGAAAAGUGAUCCAAAAACAGAACAGCUUUCAAAUUGAAACACACAAAUUAGCCACUAGCUUCUUCUUUUUCUUCUUUGUUGUUGUUUAACUUCAACACGAAAAACGCAGCGUAUUGAAUCCGAAUAUGGCUCCAGAAAUUUCGAAAACCCAUGAAACAGUUCGGAGCUCCGAAUGCGAAGAUUCGGAUUCAGAGUUGGAGCAGUUGGAGUGUGAUUUGAAGGAAAUGGCGCACAAGAUUCUAGAAUACCGAGCAACUCUUCCUGAACAGUUCAAAUCCACACUCCUUUCCGUUCUCGAUGCCCAAAGACCCUUUCUUCCACAACUCAAUUCAGGUGCUUCGGAACAAAACAUCUCCAGAGAAGAAAGUUCAUCUGCACCAGAAGAUCCAGAGACUGCUGAGAAACUAAAAUUACUAAAUGAAAAGAUCUCAAGCAAUUGCUCUGCUAUGCCAAUAGUUUUGAAAAGGAUGAAAGAUUGCAUUGCCAAAAUUGAAAUGUUAAAUUCGUACAAUGCUGCAAGCAUAUAUCCAGCCAUCAGUAGGAAGAAGACUGGAUAAAGACUAUGGAACUUGCUAGUGUACUUUUUAUGGCAAAUUGCAUGUUUUGCAAAGAAUGUAAAAUUUGGGAUACUACAAAGGGUGGUUUUCAAUAGUGCAACUUAAAAAUUGUGUUGGUGUGUCUAGUAUGAACCAUAGUCCAUGGUAGAUAAUGAAAUUUCAUAUAGUUAGUUAGAUAUU